AUGAAUCAACCACCACCGCCAACACUCCGGCAACUGUUUGGAGGUGCAAUUGUCACGCACAUUCCUCUUCAAUUUAGAGAUGUCAGGUUCCUGGCGCAAAUUGUUGCAUUUCCUUUUCCACUUAUAUGGGACUCCGAAAUCCGCGAAGUUCCAAAUAAUCAGGAAGUUUUCGUAGACGCAAACACAGACCAAA